UUUACUAUUUGAAGAUUACAGGGGGCCGUCAGCAGCUCGCGCGAGACGGAUCGCGUAGUCUCGCGAGAAGUCUAGGAGGCGGCCGUGAUGGCGGCGGCGGGAACUGGACCCGGACCCGGAGUGGGUGCAGGACCUGGCCCAGCAGCGGCCGCAAAUGCAACAGCGACGGAGGAAGGGGAGACGAAGCCGGCGGUAGCGGUCGCAGCCGCUCCAGCCGGAGAGGGAACCUCUGCUGCUCCAGCCGCGGAGCCCGGCUCCGGAGAGGCCGAAAGCGGGGAUGCGAACUCUGUCGAUGUAAGCGGUGGUUUGGAGACAGAAUCCUCUAAUGGAAAAGAUACACUAACACAGGAAGGUGCUGGGGAUACUUCUGAGGCGAUGGAUACUCAAGCGGGCUCCGUGGACGAAGAGAAUGGCCGGCAGCUGGGAGAAGUAGAGCUGCAGUGCGGGAUAUGUACCAAGUGGUUCACAGCAGACACCUUCGGCAUAGAUACCUCAUCCUGUCUACCUUUCAUGACCAACUACAGUUUUCACUGCAAUGUGUGCCAUCAUAGUGGGAAUACCUAUUUCCUCCGGAAGCAAGCAAACUUGAAGGAAAUGUGCCUUAGUGCUUUGGCCAACCUAACAUGGCAGUCCCGAACACAAGAUGAACAUCCAAAAACCAUGUUCUCCAAAGAUAAGGAUAUCAUACCAUUUAUUGAUAAAUACUGGGAGUGCAUGACAACCAGACAAAGACCUGGGAAAAUGACUUGGCCAAAUAACAUUGUUAAAACCAUGAGUAAAGAAAGAGAUGUAUUCUUGGUAAAAGAACACCCUGAUCCUGGAAGUAAGGACCCAGAAGAAGAUUACCCCAAAUUUGGGCUUUUGGAUCAGGAUCUUAGUAAUAUUGGUCCUGCUUAUGACAACCAAAAACAAAGCAGUGCUGUGAAUACCAGUGGGAAUUUAAAUGGUGGAGCCUCUUUUGGAGGGGGAAUUGCAGCAGGAAGCAGUGGAAAAGGAAGAGGAGCUAAGCGCAAACAGCAGGAUGGAGGGACCACAGGGACCACCAAGAAGGCCCGGAGUGACCCUUUGUUUUCUGCUCAGCGCCUUCCCCCUCAUGGCUACCCCUUGGAACACCCAUUUAACAAAGAUGGCUAUCGGUAUAUUCUAGCGGAGCCUGAUCCCCACGCCCCUGACCCUGAGAAGCUUGAACUUGACUGCUGGGCAGGAAAACCUAUUCCUGGAGAUCUCUACAGAGCCUGCUUGUAUGAACGGGUUUUGUUAGCCUUACAUGAUCGAGCUCCCCAGUUAAAGAUCUCUGAUGACCGGCUGACUGUGGUUGGAGAGAAGGGCUACUCUAUGGUGCGGGCUUCUCAUGGGGUCCGGAAAGGGGCCUGGUACUUCGAAAUUACGGUGGAUGAGAUGCCACCGGACACUGCUGCUAGAUUGGGCUGGUCUCAGCCGUUAGGUAACCUUCAAGCUCCCUUAGGUUAUGAUAAAUUUAGCUAUUCUUGGCGGAGCAAAAAGGGAACCAAGUUCCACCAGUCCAUUGGCAAACACUACUCUUCUGGCUAUGGACAGGGAGAUGUCCUAGGAUUCUAUAUCAAUCUUCCUGAAGACACAGAGACAGCCAAGUCGCUGCCUGAUACUUAUAAAGAUAAGGCUUUGAUAAAGUUCAAGAGUUAUUUGUAUUUUGAGGAAAAAGACUUUGUGGAUAAAGCAGAGAAGAGCCUAAAGCAGACUCCCCAUAGUGAGAUAAUAUUUUAUAAAAAUGGUGUCAAUCAAGGUGUGGCUUACAAAGAUAUUUUUGAGGGGGUUUACUUUCCAGCCAUCUCAUUGUACAAGAGCUGCACGGUUUCCAUUAACUUUGGACCAUGCUUCAAGUAUCCUCCGAAGGAUCUCACUUACCGCCCUAUGAGUGAUAUGGGCUGGGGCGCUGUCGUAGAACACACUCUGGCUGAUGUCUUAUAUCAUGUGGAAACAGAAGUGGAUGGGAGGCGGAGUCCUCCGUGGGAACCCUGACCAGGUCCCUCUUUCUUUGCAGACAUGGACUUUCUUGGGAAUGAUAUUGGGGGAUUUUCUUUUUGUUUUUAACGUGACCAACGUUAUCCCAAAGAUACUGCAGAACAUAGCCUCUGCUGUUAGCAAGGUAAAAGGCUGGGUGGGACGGGGAGAGACUCCCUGCCCUUCAGUACUCUCCCUGCUUCUAGUGACUGCUUUCAUUUUGUGUGCGAGAUGCCAACUGCUGACCCUAGAAUCCCAUAAGCUCCCUGUGAAGCUGGUGCUGUACCAUGUUCCCACUACUGGGGCUUGUUCUCUUACUGUAUUCUCUAGGGAGUGGAUAAUGUUGUCUAAGUAGCUAACUUAUUUAGAGACUUUUCCCCUCUGUGGGCGUUGACUCCUUCCCACCUGAUUUGCAAGUAUGGUGGGCCUGUCUCCAAGAACAGCUGGAAUCAGUGGCUGUGCAUACCAGACUGGUCUAAGAGCUCUCAAUGGGUGUGCGUUUGUUUUUGUUAUUAAUUUUGAAGUACUCUUUUGAACACUGGGAUCUCUGAAACUACCAUGCCUCUAGAACUGUAAUUGUGACAGGAACUCGCUUGCAGCUUUAAUAGUUAGAAACUCUUUCCAAAUAAAACUUGUGAUCACGCA